UAAUUAAGCCCAUGGAGAAUGACGUGACCUCAUACAUUAACAUUUUAAAGACUCCAAAAGUUUACUAUUUCAAUUCUGAACAGGUAACUGUGAAUGAAAAAGUCUUUCCAGUACAGGAUGCAUGUUUAAUCAGUGACAGUGCUUCUCUCAGUUAUGUCUCAUAUUGUGCAGUCUCUUGCAUUCAUAUGAUUUUUGCAAACAUUAAUGGAUGAUACAUUGAAUGUGACAUAUGUAACUCUUGGUGGGCAUGUUGAAGUUCAUAAAUACAGAUAUCUUUAUUUUGUGAUCAUGUUCACAAUAUAUAUUCUGAUAAUCUGCAGUAAUUCUGUUAUUGUGUAUCUCAUCUGGGUUCACCCAAACCUCCAUGAGCCUAUGUACAUGUUCAUUGCAGCUUUGUUAAUCAACUCUGUUCUUUUCAGCACAACCAUCUACCCAAAGCUUCUAAUUGACUUUUUAUCUGACAAACAGAUUAUAACUUAUCAGGCCUGCCUUGUUCAGUUUCAUAUGUUUUACUCUUUAGGUGGUUCAGAGUUCUUAUUGUUGGCAGCUAUGGCCUAUGACAGGUAUGUGUCCAUAUGUAAACCUUUGCAAUAUCCAACCAUCAUGAGCAAAACCACUAUCAGUAUUUUCUUAGUCUUAGCUUGGAUUCUGCCGGCCUCUCAGGUCGCAGUGCCGGCUGGAUUGAGUGCUCAUAAAAAUCUCUGUAGCUUUGUGUUGAAAGGAUUUUUUUGUAACAAUACAGUUUAUAAACUUCAAUGUGUGAUUUCAAGAGAACAAAUUAUACACGAUAUGGUCAUCCUGCUUAAUGUUGCACUUGUCCCUGUGCUUUUCAUACUGUUUACAUACACCAGGAUAUUUGUAAUAUCCUAUCGCAGCAGUAAAGAAGUCAGGAAAAAGGCUGCACAGACCUGUUUACCUCACCUCAUAGUUUUAAUCAACUUCUCCUGUUUGUGUGCUUUUGAUGUCAUUACAGUCCAGCUAGAAGCUGAUUUUCCUAAAACUGUUCGUUUUAUUAUGACUUUACAGAUAGUCAUGUAUCACCCUCUCUUUAAUCCGAUCAUGUAUGGACUAAAAAUGAAAGAAAUUCAUAAACACCUCAAAAGGUUGUUCUUCCCAGCCAAGAUUAAAUGACAUAUAAACCCUGAUUACUGAUCAGCUUCUUAUUUUUCUGUAAUAACACUGAAGAUAAGUGAGUCGGCUCCUCAGAUGGUGCAUGUAAGAAAUAGUUUCUUUGACUGAUGCACAGUAAAAGCUGAGAUCGGCACCAUCAGACAGAGUAAUGACCGAUGAUGUUUUGGCAUCACAAGUUUCAUUCUGAAAUGUUUGACUUCACCCGUCCAUUACAUGUCUUCAGAAUUUCUGACUAAACUGUUUUUCCUCUUCUAUGACUGACACAUGACAUUUUAAAUAUCCUCAAACAUCCUUAAUCAAAACAGUCUGUUGUAUUAAUACUAAACACAUACACACAGGCAUAUGCAUGUGUUGAUCAGAUUAUAAAUAUCAUAAUGAGAAUAUUUACAAUAACCUGAUGGCUUUUUUUGAAGAAGUGGUGAUUGUAAAAUUGUGCAAUUUGCAACAAAACAAAAAUAUAAUAAACCACAGUAAUUGCUUUAGA